CAAAUGAACUACAGUAUUAAUAACAUUAAUUAUUAUUAUUAUUAUUAUUACUAUCGAAUUAAUUUAUUAUUAUUAUAGUUAUAGUUCAACCGGUUAAUACUAUAUUAACGAUUAUUUGAUUUUAUAUACUAUUGUGUAACCAUUGUCUUCAGUCGUGUAUUGUGUUGUACCGGGUUAGACAAAUUUUACAUUCCGUAGACUAAUAUCGGGACGAUGUCAAACGGCGGUACGGCAUACGCCGAUUCCUUGCCCAAUGUCGCUGCGCAUCUCCCUUCUAUGUUUAUGUCUUGGCGUACCAGACUUCCAUCUCACGUUCUCGCCAUACGGCCGUGGUCGUUGAGUGCAUCAAUAAUACCGACAUUGUUAGGGUGCACCAUUGCACAGAAGCUGAACCAGAAUAUUGAAUUCAAUUUACUGACAUUACUGUUGACCUUGCUCACCGUGGCGUUAGUCCAUGGAGCUGGAAAUGUGGUGAAUACAUAUUAUGAUUACGUCCGAGGUAUUGAUGGCCGCAACAGUGACGACCGCACUUUAGUUGAUAGGAUUUUGUCUGAAAAUGAAGUGGAAAGGCUGGGGGCAAUAUUGUACUUUUUAAGUUUUGUUACUUUCUUUUGGCUGGCACUUAUAUCUCAAGCAAAAAUGGGUCAUUUAGCUGCUGCCUACCUUUGGGGCUUAAGUGUAUCUUUUCUAUACACCGGAGGCUUCGGAUUCAAAUACAUUGCAUUAGGAGAUGUAAUUUUUUUAAUACUAUUUGGACCUGCUUCAGUUUUGUUUGCAUAUCUGUCCCACACCGGUGAACUCAAUCUAGAACCUAUUUACUAUGCAAUACCGUUGGCACUGAAUACUGAAGCCAUAUUGCAUAGCAACAAUACUAGAGAUUUAGAAAGUGACAGAAAAGUUGGUAUUGUUACAUUAGCGAUAUUGAUUGGCCGAACAGCUUCGAUAAUCUUUUACGGAUUUUUAUUAUUUACGCCUUACAUAAUGUUCGUCGUUUUGUCUGUAAGGUGCUCUAAAUGGUUCUUGUUGCCAUUAAUAACCAUGAGCUAUGCCUUUAAAAUUGAAAGAGAAUUUAGAAAUGGUAUUAAUGUUCAGUCGAUACCCAAACGAACUGCUAAAUUAAAUUGUAUUUUCGGUAUUUUAUAUAUAUUUGCCGUAAUGGCAGCUGACAAAUCAAACUUGCCAUUUAGUAUUAAAUGAAGCGCUUUAUUUUCAUAGAUAAUGGUUAUUAGUAUCAGUGAUUUGUUUUAUAGUUUGCAACAGUCAUAAAGUUGUUCCUUAUGAGAGUGUUGACAUUGUAACGAAAACUUUAUUGUGAAUUUAUUUAGUUAAUAAAUAUACAUCUAUACAUAAAUAAUUAUUUUAAUUUUCAUCUAGAUAAUACUUGCGUUUAAAUCUAUAGGUUUGUUUUUUGUAUGUACUAUGUUAAAAAUUAAAACUAUAUAGAUACAAUUAUUAAUGCUGUCUAGCGUAUGCAUAUAUUUAUUUAAAUAUUAAUUGCCUAUUUAGACAAGCACCUAAUAUUGAUUAGGUCGAAAUACAUCGCGCAUUUUAUGAUACCAAAAUUAUUCUUAGGUUGUUUUUUUUUUUUUAUGACAAUUUGUAUUGAUUUUAAGGAAAAAUAUAAUUUACUUAUUGCCAAUAAGAACAAUUGUUUUUUAUUUGUUUUUUAGUUAAUAGUUAUUAUUCUAUAGUACAUUAUAAUUAGUAUUACAACUAAUAAGUCAGAUAGGUUUUAAAAUUCAUAAAAUAUGUGAUUAUAUUUUGUAUUAAACCUUGAAUCAUUUGUCAAAAUAAAGCUGUAUCUUUGUAAUAAUAAUAUAAACGUCAUAUUUUUCAUAUCUAGUAUAAUUUUAGUUAAGACAUUUUUUAACGACAAAUAAUUCUUUUUGUUCGGUUUAUACUGCUUGUAUUCUUUAAAUGCUAUACAUAAUAUUAAAAUCAAAGUCUUCCUGUGCUACAUUUGUGUGUAUAUAUAAUAAAAUUAUAAAUUUUGUAAAUAAUCGAUGGACUAUUAACAAUCACUCUUUGAUAUAAAAUAUGUAAUAUUUUUUAUAUAAUUGGACCAAUCAAAUAGUUUAUGUGUGGUCUAAAUGUUGGCCACAAAUCAUAAUAUGUUUAUGUAUUCUUUUAUUAAAACGACAAACGCGUUAAAGUGUAAUGAUGUUAAUAGAUUUAUUGUCAUUAAUAUGUGUUUAGUAUUUAACUUGUAAAACCAAAAGUCUAGGAAGUUGUAGCACUUGAAAUAAAUCACUCAGCAUAUAGUUUACGUAACAGUUAAAUUUUGUUUUACUCAACAUUGUAUGUGUACUGUGUAUUUUUUAGUUAUUUUUAUAAAUAAACAUAAGUAUGUAGAGGGCCUACUGACGCCUUGCUAUUGGCAGCGCUCGGGUUCAUGUACUUAUUAGAGCACACGUUAUAAAAAAUAGAACAUUAUAAUUUAUAUAUAAUAUGUACCUAUGUUGGUCGAAAAAUAACUGUGUCAAUUAGUUGUAAAUUUA